AUGCAAGAGGCUUCUAAUAAUGAUGUGACGCAAGAGGCUUCUAAUAAUGGUGUGACGCAAGAGGCUUCUAAUAAUGAUGUGACGCAAGAGGCUUCUAAUAAUGGUGUGACGCAAGAGGCUUCUAAUAAUGACGUGACGCAAGAGGCUUCUAAUAAUGGUGUGACGCAAGAGGCUUCUAAUAAUGAUGUGACGCAAGAGGCUUCUAAUAAUGACGUGACGCAAGAGGCUUCUAAUAAUGAUGUGACGCAAGAGGCUUCUAAUAAUGACGUGACGCAAGAGGCUUCUAAUAAUGGUGUGACGCAAGAGGCUUCUAAUAAUGAUGUGACGCAAGAGGCUUCUAAUAAUGAUGUGACGCAAGAGGCUUCUAAUAAUGAUGUGACGCAAGAGGCUUCUAAUAAUGAUGUGACGCAAGAGGCUUCUAAUAAUGACGUGACGCAAGAGGCUUCUAAUAAUGAUGUGACGCAAGAGGCUUCUAAUAAUGACGUGACGCAAGAGGCUUCUAAUAAUGAUGUGAUGCAAGAGGCUUCUAAUAAUGAUGUGACGCAAGAGGCUUCUAAUAAUGAUGUGAUGCAAGAGGCUUCUAAUAAUGGUGUGACGCAAGAGGCUUCUAAUAAUGACGUGGCGCAAGAGGCUUCUAAUAAUGAUGUGAUGCAAGAGGCUUCUAAUAAUGAUGUGACGCAAGAGGCUUCUAAUAAUGAUGUGACGCAAGAGGCUUCUAAUAAUGAUGUGACGCAAGAGGCUUCUAAUAAUGAUGUCUCUGUGCUCCAAGGUCUCUGUGUUCCAAGGUCUCUGUGUUCCAAGGUCUCUGUGCUCCAAGGUCUCUGUGCUCCAACGUCUCUGUGCUCCAACGUCUCUGUGCUCCAACGUCUCUGUGCUCCAACGUCUCUGUGCUCCAACGUCUGUGUUCCAAGGUCUCUGUGCUCCAAGGUCUCUGUGCUCCAAGGUCUCUGUGCUCCAAGGUCUCUGUGCUCCAAGGUCUCUGUGCUCCAAGGUCUCUGUGCUCCGCGGUUUCCUACAGGGAACCUGUAUAGCACCGUAGAGGAAGGAUUCAGACCCAAUUCUUCCAACUACGGCAAUGGAACCAAUGCCAUUACUGAAUUCUACGCCAGCGCCGACUAUGACGAAGAGUACGAGAAUGAACUCUGUUCCAAGACAGACGUGGUCAGGUUCGGAGCCCUCGUCACACCCAUGGUCCUCUCCGUGGUCAUUGUGCUAAGCCUUGUGGGUAACCUGCUGGUGCUGGUGAUUCUGGCCAGGUACGAGCAUCUUCGGUCACUGACGAAUGCGUUCAUGAUGAACCUGGCGUUGUCUGACCUGGUGUUCACCUGCGGUCUCCCCUUCUGGGUCUCCUAUCACCUGAAUGGCUGGAGCUACGGUGACCUCACCUGUAAGGCGGUCAGCUUCCUGUUCUAUGCUGGCUACUACAGCAGUGGCAUCUUCCUCAUCCUGAUGACGCUGCAUCGUUACCUGGCCGUGCUCCACCCCCUGUCUCACCUGCUGUCAGGCUCCUCCCACUCUCAGGGUACCUGGAGCGCUGUUGUAUCAUUGGUCGUCUGGACCGUCAGUCUGUUAGCUGCUGUGCCAGCUCUCAUCUUUACCAAGGUCAUCAUCAGUGGUUCUAACGACCUUAAACACCCUCUGGACCCUAACAUCCCUGAUGGGCCUAAUGACUCUAAUGCCCCUAGUGGUGAACAGCAGUACUGUGAUGUUGCAGAUGUCAGCUGGAGGCUGUGGGGGGUCUACCAACAGAACAUCCUGUUCAUAGUGACAUUAUUAGUGGUGUGUGUCUGUUACAGUCAGAUUCUCGUCCGCCUCCUGAGGCCCAGGUUCAGACGUCAGAGGAGCGGAGGAUACGGGAGGAGUCAGAGAACUGCCCGGCUGGUCUUCGGCCUGGUCCUGGUUUUCUUUGUGGGCUGGGCGCCGUACAACGUGGUCAUCUUCCUCAGGACGCUGGUGUAUAAGAGUCAAGAUGGCGGCGAUGCUGGCAGUGCCGAGUCAUCCACAACACUAUGGGAGGAGUGUGGCGCCAGCAACACGUUGGACUACUCCUUCUAUGUGACCAGGCUGCUGGCGUUCUCCUACUGCUGUCUCAACCCUCUGUUCUACGUGUUCGUUGGGGUCAAGUUCCGGAACCACCUGAAGAGACUGCUGAAGGGUUGUUGUCAUGGUGUUACCGUUGUCAAUAACAACAACACCUUCAGUGUUCUGAACAGGAGCAGCAGACUGACAUCACAGUCCAGUGGGGAGUUCUCACUUUAAAUAGCAACACUGUAAACAACACAACAUCUGUAAACAACACAACAUCUGUAAACAACACAACAUCUGUAAACAACACAACAUCUGUAAACAACACAACAUCUGUAAACAACACAACAUCUGUAAACAACACAACAUCUGUAAACAACACAACAUCUGUAAACAACACAACAUCUGUAAACAACAUCUAUUUUCCAUUCAUAUUAUCCAUUUGCAGAUCAUUUUUGCUUUCCUCAAGACUAUUUGAGGUGUUUAUAUCAUAUCCAUUUAAUACCACGUUUAAUACUAUGUUUAAUACCACGUUUAAUACCAUGUUUAAUACCAUGUUUAAUACCAUGUUUAAUACCAUGUUUAAUACCAUGUUUAAUACCAUGUUUAAUACUAUGUUUAAUACCAUGUUUAAUACUAUGUUUAAUACUAUGUUUAAUACUAUGUUUAAUACCACGUUUAAUACCACGUUUAAUACUAUGUUUAAUACCACGUUUAAUACCAUGUUUAAUACCAUGUUUAAUACCACGUUUAAUACCACGUUUAGAAGCAAAUUAAAUUGUGAUUGUUGUAUUUUGAUUGCUGUAAGUCAAAUCAAGUUGUAUUUGUCAUAUACACGUAUUUAGCAGAUGUUAUUGCAGGUGUAGCCAAAUUCUUGUGUUUCUAGCUCAAAUUGUGCAGUAAUAUCUAACAAUUCACAACAAUACACACAAUCUAAAAGUAGAAGAAUGGAAUUAAGGAAUAUAUAAAUAUUAGGAUGAGCAAUGUCGGAGUGGCAUUGACUAAAAUACAGUGGAAUAGAAUAUGAGUUGAGUAAAGGAAAAAUAUGUAAACAUUAUUAAAGUGGCCAGUGAUUUCAAGUCUAUGUAUAUAGUCAGCAGCCUCUCUGUGUUAGUGAUGGCUGUUUAACAGUCUGAUGGCCUUGAGAUAGAAGCUGUUUUUCAGUCUCUCUGUCCCUGCUUUGAUGCACCU